AUGGCUACUAAGUCAGCUUGUUUCCGCAAGCCGCUUUUGUGGCUACGUCGUAUCCCAGAUGGCGCUGAUGUUCUGAUGAAUUGUGCUGUCAUACUGCAGUGGGUACACUGUGAUGACGGUACUGAAGAUGCUGCCAAUAACAAAGUCGACAGGCCACUUGAUCGCUGCAUAUUGCCAAAUUUUGAUCCAUGGGACAGAGAUAUUAUACCGUACGUCGAUCUCAGCUAUGAUCCGUUGAGAAAUUGUAAUCGAACAUUCAAGCCGUUGACAGUGCUCCGAAAUGGAAUUCUAUCCACCACUAUUGAAAACAUAACUUGUUGGGGAAGAUGCUUAGUGAGGAAAUCGGAACUGGUGAACAAACGUGGGCCAUGGGUGAAGAUAGACGAGGCAGACUUCCGUUGUGACAUUGUGGAGUCGCUAUGUAGAGAUUUAAAAGGAAGUGACAUCUACCAGAUGGUCCAUGCACAAAUCAUUGAGACAGAAACCAAAGAAGAGGUUCCCGUUGAAGAAAAUUCCUUCGAUGUCUACGUGAUAUUGCUUGACUCGACAGCCGCAUCACAAGCAACGAGGUACUGA